AGCAGACCGAGAGAGAGAGACUAGACAAAGAAAAAGGACAGUACACAACAAGACAUCGCUGUCUUGGUCUCUCUCUCUCUCUUCUUCUACAGACAAACAAACAAAACGAAUGCAUGUUUUAUUUUACUCUCUUUCUUCCCCCAAAUACAUGAACAGAUAAGCUACGAACUACUCCACAGACUGCACAGUGUAGACUCUACACCACUGAUUAUUAAAGCAGGAAAUGUACUCGGCGAUUCAUUCUCUGCCGCUAGAAGUAAGUGGGGUGGGUGGUGGUGGUGGUGGUGAGUUUCCGGGGGCUUUGGAGGGGACUAACUUACCUGGGGAUGCGUGCUUGAUGUUGACUUCGGAUCCGAGGCCUCGGCUCCGGUGGACGGCGGAGCUCCAUGAGAGAUUUGUUGAUGCUGUUACUCAACUGGGUGGCCCCGAUAGUUCACCCCAUUAUCUUGCCCAAGCCGCAAUUCCAGAAGCUGAGAAAGCAGCUUUUGACAGGCUGCUUGAAUCGUCAGGAGUAGUGCCUCCCACUCUGAUUGGCUUCCAGAUCUGA